CAUGUGCUGGAGAAUUUUCGCCACAUAUCAGUGGCGGUUUUUAAAAACCUAAAAAUUGAGGCUGUACUGGGCUGCAAGGAAGGAAUGCAGUGCAACGCAGACUGCAACAUCCACGCAGACAAUGAGGACUCUGGAUUCUUGAGAGACAAAUCUCACUUGCCCGUUUCCAGUUUGCGCUUUGGUGACACUGGUACAUUCGAUGAUGACGAAUAUGGCUACUACGAGCUUGGCCCACUCAGGUGUAAAGGAGGCCCAGUUCAUGGAGAACAAGAAAUCCCGCUCAUUGAGACCAACACCGAAUACCAUUACCGCUACGACCUUCCUCCCUUGGAUAAUGGCGAUUUCCGGGUGGAGUUUGAAGUUCGUGCCCACAACGACGUUUUUCUGGGAUUCUCAGAAACAAAGGGGGAGCAGAGUGACUUGGUCGAACUCAACAUGGGUGGAUGGGGAAACAGCAAAACAGUGUUCCGCAAGUGUAAGCAGUGCACGCCCCAAGCCAUCUGGAAAGAGAACAACGUAGUCAGCUGGGAGGAAUCAAAAGGAUACUGGGUGGACUGGAGCGAUGGCUGUUUCCGUCUUGGACGUGCUGGGGCGAGUCAGUCACUCUCCUGGUGCCCACCAAGAAUAAAAAACUGGAAAUAUGUGGCUUUCACGACCGGAUAUGGCAGUAGGGGAAAGUUUUGGUUCAACAGCUUCCAUUCCAAAGUUCAACACUUCUGCCAGCAUGAAACUGCCUACGUCAACUGUGGCAGCAAGUACGUCAACAUCAUCAAUGCCAACUACGGGCGAAGCAGCACCGACGUCUGCCCUGGUGAUUCCAUGCGCUCAACCGAGUGUUUCUCACCCAAAUCCCGGAGUGUCAUCGGCAAGCUUUGCCAUGGGGCUCACUCAUGCCGCGUGGAAGUGAACAACGGUGUGUUCGGAGAUCCUUGCUCUGGAACUUUCAAAUACUUGAAGGUGAAAUACCAGUGCUUGCCAGAAAAGCAAGAGAAGUACUUCAUCCCUGACGCCUGCCUAGAGCAUCAGUGCAACACCCGGGGUGGGGAAUGCGUCCCUGUCAGCGGCUCGGAGUACCGGUGUGCAUGCAGGGCCGGGUUCCAUGGCGAACAUUGCGAACACGAGUAUGCCCUAUGCCGUGCUUGGGGAGAUCCCCAUUACACUCAGUUCAGCGGCCGGUGCUUCAACUACCAGGGCAAGUGCAAGUACAUCCUGGCACAGCCCUGUGUGGAAGAUGCCGACAGGACUUUCAAGAUCGUUGGCGUUAACGUGGCACCCGAAUGGAACAAGAAAGUUUCCUUCAAUCGACAGCUGGAGGUCCAGAUUGGCGGAACGGAAGUCUUCCUCCUGCAGAACAAGCAAGUUGUCAUCAACAACAACAUCAACAAUGUGCCUUGCUCCGCAGGCGAAGACGUCAAUAUCGACAUGGAUGGCAAAUAUGUGGUGGUUAGCAGUGAAAAGUAUGGAAUGAAGAUCAUGUGGGAUGGAAGGCAGACCUACAAGAUCUUUGUGGACCGGACCCUGUACGGAGAGAACAUGUGCGGCCUCUGCGGCAGCAUUAAACCUCACAAAGAUGGCAUUUUCAUCAUGAGGAAUGGAACAGAGACGAGCAAAAUCAACGAUUUCGGUGACUCCUGGACUGCCAACCCUUUUGAAUGUCCCAGUUGUGAUGAUUGUGUUGAUCUGGACUACUGCAACAGUGAUGACGGCCUCCUUCAAAGAGUCAAGGAUGCAUGCGAGCCUAUCCAAAACCCUGAUGGUGUGUUCGCAGUGGGUCACAAGCAGUUUGACCCGCAAGAGAUGUACAGGACCUGCAUCUACGACUUGUGCUCCCGCAGGAGUUUUGACGACGAGAUACGCUGCAACAUGCUGACAGAGUACGCCAACCGCAUCCUGGUGGAGAACAGGCUGGAGUACCUCCAGCAAGGGAAUGCGAUCAUCGGCUGGCGUGAGAAGCUCAGCUGCCCGUUCGAAUGUCCUCAAGGCUCCAUAUACACCAUCUGCGCCAGCGCCUGCCAAGCUACCUGCUACCAACCGAUGGCUGCUGCCAUCUGCCAGUUGAGCUGUGUGGAGGGCUGCGAAACUGCUAGCGGAUACGUCAUGGAGAACAGCGUGCCAAUUCUAGAGACCAAAUGCGGCUGUCGCUACGGUGACCUCUACUAUCAUACUAACCAGCAGUGGAUCAACCAUGAUUGUACUAUGUCCUGUGUCUGUGAGGCUGGCGGCCAGGCCAACUGCCACCCGGUGAAAUGCGCCGAGCACGCCUUCUGCGGCUCCAUGAACCAAGUCCAUGGAUGCCACUGCGAUUCCAAUUACGUUGGUGAAGGCUGCUCGAGGUGCCAACCGGUAUGCCCGUCCAGCAUGGGCAACGAGAUCAAGUUGCGGGCCAGCGUGGAUGAGGGUCAACACGCCAUCAUUGAUUUCAGCCGUCCCAUCGCCUGCGAGGGCUACAUCCGCUCCUUCAGCAUCAAGCGUAACGCCGACUCCAUGGAGCCUGUCACGCUCAUUGUCUGGCGUCAGCACGCGAACGACGAAAGCAAGUUUCUCAUCGUGGGCAGCGCACGGCUCUCCAUCGCAGAUGACAGCUUGGACCUGUGCGAGUGCGACAACUCCAAGAUUCCCGUCCGCGCUGGCGACUACAUCGGUUUCAUAUCGGCCGGUGGCACUGUCUACUAUGAUGAUGAGAGUGAUCCUGCAGCAGGUGUAGUCUAUGCGGCAGACUACUUCGACUCUAUCGAACCCAUGACUGAGGUCCAGUUUUCUCGAAUAGACGGGAAGAGGGCAUACUCCAUAAAUGUCGUCCUAGAAUCAUCUGAUGGAAAACAUGUGGAGGCAUUCAUGUUCAACAGCUACCUCGGCGUGCAGUCUCGUAAUAUCCCCGACAGUGCAAUGACUGCAUCGUCCGCCCACGGAGACUACGUGUCCCACCAAGGCCGUCUGGACAACACGGAGUACGGCGCCUGCUCCUGGACGGCCGCCUCCGCGGACAAGGACCAGUGGCUGCAGGUGGACCUGGGCCAGGAGACGUUGGUCAUCGGCGUGGUCAGCCAGGGGCAUUGUGGGAUUGCCGACAAGGACCGAUCCCCCAUGGGCUGCGUCAAGCAGUUCAACGUGCAGUACAGCAGCGACGGCCAGAACUUUGAGUACGUGACGGACGACCAGGGCAAUGCUGAUGUCUUCGAAAGCAGAUGCAGAUGCCAGAGGCAUGUCAGGAAUUUCUUCAGAAACGCCUUGAUGACCCGAUUCAUUCGAUUCCGACCGUUGCUAUGGAAACACGCCAUCAGCAUGCGAGUGGAUCUCAUUGGACGAGACAUUGAAGUGGACGAGCCCGAUGUGGCCGGAACCGAUGUAGUGGAUGAGCAGCCUGAAGACGACACUGCCGUGUGUCUCGUCGGCAAGCCAUUCAAGCGCUGCGGCUUCUUGAAGGGGCUCAAAUACCGGCCAUUCAACGGGGAGUCCUUCACCAUUGCCGUUGUGCGCAAAGGGGAGGAUGACAGCACCUACAGCAUCAUUGGUAGCACCUAUGUGACAAGCAGUGGCAGUGACAGGUUGCAACACUUUGAGGUCGCUGGAGAGAGUGAGCGGAUCCCAGUCAAAAAGGGUGAUAUCAUGUGCCUGAUUUUCCAGAAGGCAGUCAUAGGCUUCUCCUCUGACGACAAGCCAAAGAGCACCGUCUUGACGGCUUCCCUCGGGAUGGAGGAGUACAGGGCCCUUGCCCUAAACGGCGAGAUCACUUUCACGGGCAAGGCUGGGAGGAAAUACCGUGGGGUUAACCCCAUCUUCCAAGUUGCCACUACAAAAACCAUUCCACCAGUCAUGUCGACGGACAGUCUAGGCGUGGAGAAAGGACAGGUGAAGGACGACCAAAUCACGGCCUCCAGCUUCUGCGACGCCAACAGCAAGGCAGAGCGAGCGCGUCUCUUCCUGAAGGACCAGCAGGGCCUGACCGGCGGCUGGUGCGGCAGAGAAAAGGACCAGAGUGCCUUCGUCCAGGUUGACUUUAAGAAAGUUCGUCGAUGCGGUGGUGUCGUGACUCAGGGUUUCAGCAGCACCACCAGGCUGUGGUUCGUGCAGAAGUACAUCGUGAAGUGCAGCGUUGACAUGGCGGUUUGGCAGGAUGUUGCAGACGAUGAUGGCAAUACCAUGAUGUUCAGUGGAAAUUUCGACCAGGAAACAGAAGUAACCAACUACUUUUCAGCGAUUCUGUCCUGCCGUUCCAUUCGCAUCGUGCCCAUGAUCUGGAACGGUGAAUUCCCGGCGAUGAGAAUGGACGUCAAGGGCUUGCCAGAUGUUGUCAGCAGUGAACCUGAGGUGGGAUUCGCCUGCAAACACCGAAUGUACCGCGGCUCGGGUGGCUUCACCUUCGUCAUGCCGGCUAAGAAGUUCAUCUCAGACGGCUUUGUGACUGGGGUGCGAUUCCUGGCAGUCAGACGUGGCUCCUUCCGAGUGAUUAUCUUCCGACCGGUCGACGAGGCAGCUAUGACCUACAAGAUAGUGGGACGAAGGCACAUCAAAGUCAAGAAGGCUGACGUUGAGGUAGAAGUCAAGUUCAAGCAGAAGAGGAAGAACAGAAAGCGGCAGAAGUGGAUCUCUGUGAAGGAAGGAGACAUGCUGGGCCUGUCCUUCACCCGCUCCGUCCUGUACAAAUCCAAGGAAGGCCCAGACGUCACCGAUGUUGUCUACUCCAGGAACGUCGACAUCAAGAACUUCCGCAAACUGCGAGCUGGCCGCACCAUCACAUUCAACGGGGUGGCACCGCGCAGCUACUCCAUGGUCGUCCUGUUCAAAGCCAAGGAUCCCAAUGACUGUUCUGCGUCAGUGGAUGCCCAGAAGUCUCUGGGUCUGGAGAACGGCCAGUUCCCCGUGGAUGCCAUCAGCGUGUCAUCUGUGUACGAAAGCGACCAGCCCAACCUUGACUUUAGCGCCCGCUCCUGCCGGCUCAACUUCGCCGGCACCAACGGCGGGGCCUGGGUGCCCGCGGAUGGUGACAAUGAACCGUGGAUCCAGGUGGACACUGGUGCCCAGUCGGUCUUCACUGGCAUGAUCACCCAGGGACGCCACAGCUUGCUCAACUGGUGGGCCACCAAGUACCGUGUGGAAUACUCCGACGACGGUGACACUUGGAACGACAUAGUGGAUUGCAAUGACAACAAGGUAUUUGACGCCAACACUGACAGUGACACCCAGGUGACCAGGUUCUUUGGCAGCGCCGUCAAUGGACGCUACCUGCGCAUUAACCUUGUGGAAUGGCAGGACCGCCCAGCGCUGCGUUUUGAAGUCCUUGGGGAAUUCGAAACCGCCGCGACUGAGUACGGCCCCACAUGCAUCAUAAGAGAAUUCAUUGACAGCAAGAACUACAUCCUGCUAGCGGCUGGAUCCCCGUUCGAAAGUGAUGGCUACGUCACAGAAUGGAAAUUCUUUCCGAAGAGCGACAAGCCUUUCAGGGCUGGCGUGUGGCGGGCAGACCCCAACGACCCCACCCGUUACAAGCACAUUGGCAGCAGCGACAUUCCAGGCCAGACACCCAACGAGUUGGCCACCUACAGAUUGGACAGUUUGGCCCGAAUUCCAUUCAGGAAAGGGGAUGUCUACGGGUGGUCGUUUAGUGAACCCGUCAUCUGUUACGACGAGGGAGAAGAAAGCGUGGAGCUCCUUUAUUCAGGAAACGGAGGCAAUCUGGAUCCUACCCCUGUCGGCGAAUACAGGAAGUUUGUGUCCAGCGGCAAACAGGCAUACUCCAUUAGCGCCUCUGUAUCAAUUUCACGUGUGGACAGUGUACCAGCAAUUGCCUGCAUGUACGGUCUGGGCAUGGAUGAUGAUACCAUUCCCGACACCAGCAUCGAGACCUCCUCUGUUCUGGGCCCAGAGUACGGCAACAGCCAGUCCAGGCUGAAUGCCCAGGCUUCGGCUGCAAUGAAGGGCUGCUGGGCACCAGCGCUGAAUAACAAGGACCAGUAUGUGCAGGUUGACCUGGGCAAGCCCACUCUGGUAACAGGGGUGAGCGUCCAAGGCUGCAAGGACGAGGAGAGAUGGGUGACCAAGUUCAAAGUGGAACUGAGUCAGGACGAGAAGAACUGGAAGGAGGCUCAAAACAAACAAGGCGGCACGAUCUUCUACGGCAACACCGACUCGGAUUCAGCGGUCCAGGUCUUCUUCCAGGAAGAAAGUAAGGCCCAGUUCAUGAGAAUAACUGUGGAGGAGUGGAACAAGGACAUCGGUCUUCGUUUUGAUGUGCUGGGUUGCCCAACUGUGUGCGAGGAAGAGUGGGGCCCCAAGCCGCUGGUCAGGAGAUGGAAGUACUCCCAGUGUGACAAGACGUUUGUGGUCAACACCAAGCAUCCUCUUACUUGCAACAGCUACAUCAAGGGAUGGAGGAUGGUCCCCAAGAACAAGGCACCCGUCACUUUCUAUGUCCUGAAGCCCAUCAAUAUGAAGAAAGGCAAAUUCAAGGUUGUCGGCAAGACCACCGUACCGCGGCGUAAAAAACUGGACAGAGGAGAAGUGUUUGAGAUUCUGCUGAAACCCAAGGACUGGAUCGAGGUGCGCUCUGGUCACAUGAUCGGCUUCACCUCCCGGCACCGCAGCCCCAUCUACAGGGAUAAGAGGGCCCACGACAAGAGCGAGCACAUGAUUGCCCGCAACAAGAAAAUCCGGGGCUACAGCAGGCUGGACGUCGGCGAUAAGCUCCAGAUGAAGAAGUUCCGCAAGAAGGAGGCCGCGUACUCAUUCACUGCCAUCCUGACCCAAGAAGGAAUGGGUGAAACCAAGGGCACUGUACCUCCAGUUUCCUGUGUGGGAGGAAUUGGCAUGGAGAACGGACGCAUUCCAGACGAAGCCAUCACAGUCACUAGCUCCGUUGAUGUGCUGAAUAACGGAGGUGGAGAAGCCCGCUUGUCCAACCAAGCUGCUUGGAUAGCCUCGAAGGGCGAUCCCACUCCUUACAUCCAGGUUGACUUGGGCUACAUAGCGAAAGUGACCGGCAUUGCCACCCAGGGCGAUCCAGUCGGCCAGAACUGGGUGACCAGCUACUCCCUGGAGUACUCCGACUCCUGCCACUACCUGACCAAAGAACCACAGAACUUCCAGUGGGUCAGAUUCACCAACUCACUCAAAGACGUCUUUGCCGGUAACUCUGAUCAGAACACUGUUGAGACUCACUACUUCAAGGAUGUGAUUGAAGCUCGUGUGGCCCGCGUCUGGGUCCUGGACUCCCACAACUUUCCAGCCAUGCGAUUGGAGUUCCUGGGCUGUCCAGAUUCGGAUCCCUGCAGUCCCAACCCCUGCCAGAACGGCGCCCUCUGUCGCAAGUCCCAGGCCAGCUUGGGCUACUCCUGCAGCUGCCCCGUGGAAUGGGGUGGCAAGAACUGCCAUAUCAAAACGCACAAGUGCUGUGCCUACGGUGAUCCCCAUUACUGCAACUUUGAUAGCAAGAAAUUCAACUUCCAGGGUCACUGCGAGUACAUCCUGGCCCGAACCCUGGUCACUACUGCCCUUGAUCACUUCACGAUCAGUGCUGAUAACAUCGCCAGCUCACGACGCCCCACUGUGUCCGUCACUCGAGAAGUCUAUGUCGAAAUCGACGACAAGAAAUUUGACUUCAAGAAAAAUCGGGAAGUUUUUGUGAACGGCGAGCGCAUCACGUGCCCCUAUGAGAUUGACGGAAUCUCAGUCACCGAUGGCGGUAACAAACGUGUGAUCCUCAGAACAGAGUUUGGUCUGGUGGUCAGCUGGGAUGGGAGAAGCAAAGUGGACAUCCAUCUGAUAGAGGACUACAUGAAUCAAGUGGAAGGACUGUGUGGUAACUACAAUGGAGUAAAUGGUGACGAUUUCAUCAUCAGGGCCACGGGAGAAACGACCACAGACCUUGACCGCUUUGGAGAGAGCUGGGGUGCUGACGAGACAUGCAAAGCCUGUACCGACUGCCAGGAGAAAGACGUGUGUCGCCUGACAGAUAAGCUUGACGAAGCACAGGAGGCAUGCAGCGUGCUGAAUGACCGUCACGGACCAUUCGCCAUGUGCAUCGCAGUCAUCGAUCCCGUGGCCUACUAUGAAAGCUGCCUGUACGACUUCUGCGCCAUGUUCCCAGGUCAGGACAACCUGUGCGAAGACAUCCAGAAAUACGCUGACGAGUGCAUAGAUGCCGGGCUGCAGGUCGGCAAUUGGAGAAGGCAAGGCUUUUGCUAUGUGGACUGCCCAGUGAACAUGGUCUUCAGCCAGAUCGGCACAUUGUGCCCGGAUACCUGUGGUGACCAGGACGCAUCUAAGGACUGUACAGGACAGGCCGGUCCCAUGUGCGUCUGCAUGCCGGGCUUGUUCUUGCAAGACGGGGACCGUUGUGUGGAAGAUGCACAAUGUGGCUGCACUUACCAAGGUGUUUACCACAAGAACGGCGGACAAUUCAUGGCGAGCGACUGCAGUGAAAUCUGCUCCUGCAAUGCGGACCACGAAGCUGAGUGCGUGGAGAUCACGUGCAACGACCACGCUGAAUGUCGGAUUGAGGACGGUGUCCGCGGAUGCUAUUGCAACGACGGAUGGACCGGAGAUGGCAUCGAGACCUGCGAUGAAAUCCUGAAGCCAGUGGAUGUGGUGGUGUGCGAGGACGAUAAGCUGAGCAUUGACUGCUCAGCAUCGAACGAGCGCAUUGAGAUCCUGUUGGCUGUUUACAGCACUGAGCCACGAGACGAUUGCCCUGCCACAGCCAACAAUGCGGAUGUUGAAGAGUUCCGCUAUGCCAAGACGAUCAUCCGCAACCGUUGCCACAACCAGGCCAGCUGCACAGUCAGUGUCAGCUCCCUGGUCUUUGGGAACUUUGGCGGGGAUGCCCCCAAAGCACUCUACGUCCGCUACCAGUGCCGUGAGAUCGUACCCAUUGGAAUCUGCCACCCCGACGUCGAGCUGAUUGCUUGCCAGGGCAGCGACCUGGAGAUCGAGUGCAGCAACCUGAAGGUAGACCUCAUCCACGCCGACUUUGGCCGACGGCAAGGGGACCACAUCUGCUCGACAGACGACAGCGAGGCACUGACGCAAGACUGCUUCGCACCCUCAGCCUUGUUCAAGAUGGUGGAAGCAUGCCACCUGAGCCCCAUGUGCACAAUAAAUGCCAUCCCAGACACCUUUGGCAGCGACCCCUGCCCGAACACCAACAAAUAUCUCAGGAUUCACUACAGAUGCGACGAGGCUCCAGAUCCGAGAGAGUUGGAGGAGGACAAAUGUGAACCCAAUCCCUGCGGCGACAAUGGAAAAUGUGAAGCCAUCAGCCUCGAACCCAAAUACAACUGCAAGUGCAACCCAGGUUUCACCGGCACCCACUGCGAUAUUGGCACGUCCAGGUGCACAGCGCUCGGUGAUCCUCACUACAUCAGCUUUGAUGGCAAAAAGUUCAGCUUCAUGGGCCACUGCAAGUACACCCUGGUCAAGAACGCAGAUGCCGAGGUGCCGGCCUUUGAAGUGAUAGUCUUCAACGAAGCGGCAAGGCGCAACCCAUCCAUGUCAUCGACCGUGCAAGUCCAGUUCAAUUACAAUGGCAAAGCCAUUAAUCUGAAGUACGGAGGACAAACGUUGGUUGACGGCAUCAAAACAGAGGGCGUGGACACACCGGAACUGAAAAUUAGCGUGAACUAUCCCGAUGUGGUGAUCGAAACCAACAUUGGAGUCACUAUUUUCUGGGACGGUAAGUUCAUGGUGGAGGUGGACGUGACCGGUGACUACUACGGCCACACCGAGGGCUUGUGCGGCACAUACAACGGCAACCCUGAUGACGAUUUCCUCACUCGCUUUGGAGAAACGCUGGAUCCAGUGGAUGAGACCAAUAUUCCCAUCUUUGGACGGUCCUGGUUUGUUGCUGGUGGUGGUUGUGAGGACUGUGUGGACUGUGAGCUUCCUGAAGAAUGCAGUGAUGCCGGAGUGAAAGAUGCAGCCCAGGAAAUCUGCAACAACAUCAUCAGUGACGAUGGUCCUUUCCAAUCCUGCCACGAAGCCGUAUCCCCGUCCUUCUAUUUCAAGAGUUGCGUGAUCGAUCUUUGCACCAUGCCGGACGGGCUGGCUCACUGCGAUGACUACCAGGCCUACGCUGAAGUAUGCAGGGAUCAGGGUAUCAUCAUCAACUGGAGACGACAGGACUUCUGCUUGAUUGACUGUUUGGCCAAGAACAUGGUGUACAACCCCUUGAGUCCGUCUUGUCCCACCACCUGUGCCAAUCCCACGGCCAGCUCCACCUGCAACCAGGCAGACAGGGAGGACUGUGUCUGCCCAACAGGCAUGAUCAAGGAAGGCGAGACCUGCAUCGAUGAGGAGAGGUGUGGAUGUGUUGACCAUGAAACCGGCUUCUACUACAGGCAAGGUGAAACGUUCAUGACCGCAGAUUGCUCCAAAGUCUGUUCCUGCGCAGCCGCCCAUGAUCUCCAAUGUGUGCAGUUCCAGUGUCCGCCUCACGAAGUCUGCGGCGCACGAGACGCUGCCCCGGCGUGCAUAUGUGACGAGGGUUACUUCCGCGACACAGAUUUGAACACUUGCGAGGCUAUACCCGUUCCACAAGUCUUGCUCCGGUCCCAGAGAGAACUGGAGUGCACUACCAUCACCUGCGGGAAAGGCUUUAUCGAUGUCCUAGAUGCCAACUUUGGUCCCCGCGUUGACGAAGUCUGCCUGGAGGGUGAGCCCCCUGCUGACUGCAAUGCCGCAGAAGCCAGAGCAAUCUUGCGCAACCUGUGCCAGGGCCGAGACAAGUGUCAACUGGAUCCCGCUACCGUGCAAGCCUUCGGCGAGCCCUGCUACGCCGUCCUCAACUACGUCUAUGUCAACUUCGCUUGCACCCACAAAGCCAUAGAGCACGGUGAGCCGCGCUCGCUGCCCUUCGACCUGCGGGUCUGCCAGGACAGCUCCUUGUAUCUGGUCUGCAAGCAAGGGGAGUAUGUAUCCAUCAAGAGUGCUUUCUUUGGCCGCCACGCCAACGAUCGUUACUGCCUGGAUGACAGCGCUGAAGCAGGCGAGGAGUACUCGGACCCUACUGCAAUGGAAAAGGCUGUCGAGCUUUGCGGAGCCCCAUCAUCCUCUUGCAUUCUCAGGGGGCUCGAUUUUGGAGAUCCUUGUCAAACAGUGAAAGAAUACUUGGAAGUGAGCUACAGUUGCAUCCCCCAAAUCACUGGACAAUAAGCAUGGAACAGCUACAUGGGCAUCGGACAUAGAACGGAGAUGCGAAUUUGAACACGUCACAAAACUCGGUUUGGGUUAGUUUACACUUUUUUUGAUUUGGUUGACAUGUUUUAGUUUAAAUAUUAAGUACAAAAAUACAUAAAUUCUGGUGAUUCUGAUACAGCAGAGAAUGCAAGUUUUGCACCUUUCUUUGCUGCAAGUGCAUUAACAGUUGGUUUUGAUUCCUGAGUUUUAAAAAAAAUGUUACAACCACUCCGCUCCCUGAGAAAAAGUAACCGUACAGAUUUCUGUCCGACUAUUCCCCUCAACCUUUCACAAGGAAAACGGGGGUGAGCACUUCUUCAAAAGCCAGCUUUAGUUACCGUUUGACAGUAGUUGUAGUUUUUAAAGUAGAUAAACAUCACAUAGCAAUUGAAGAACAUAUAACUAGUUAAGAAAAUUAUAGUGGAUAGAAGAAAUAAGUGUUUCUUGUUUGUGGUUUUAACCAUUGCUUUUAUUUUGGUUGCUCGUGUUAAAUUUGAUUUCUUUCGAUUUUCCCAAAACAGACAACAUAUAUCACAUGAGCAUGCAUGCAUGAAACCUUUGCUGGUAUUUAUUUUGACCGAUUGAUUUAACACCAUUUAUUCUUUUUGAAAAGUUUUGUUCCAUAGCCCAGCAUAGUUGAAAAAGAUUUAUUUUGUUUCCAUACCUUAACUGCAUGAGUUGGAAAUUAGCAUUUGAAAAGGGUUGAAGAAGUUAUAUUCUUUGUUUUUUUUGUUAACGAACUAUUUAUUUAUUUUUCCGUUACAAAAUUUAAAAAGUUGGUCAACAUCAUUUUGGCGCAACCAGUCUUGCAUGGGCCAAUCGCACAAUUUUUUAAUCAUUUUAUUCUUUUUCUUCUUGUUUUGGCCACAAGCAAAGUUUUAUUUUUUAUUGAUAAUAUUUAGAUGAUAUGGAAACAUUGAAGUGCGAAUACACAUCAAAGUCUGCCCCACGCAUUUCUGGUUGUGGAGAAACUCAAAAUGAUGUGUUAUGUUGUGUUUAAAAAUUAUUUGUAGAAUGAUAUGUAAAAUAAAAAAUAAAUUCUCAAUGUGGGUGAAUUUAGUAAGAAGGGCAAUUGGUUAAUUACUUGCUUUUGUUUUCUUUUUUUUCUUUGAAAGCUAACAAUAAAGAAAUGCAUGCAUUGA